AAUAAUAAUAAUAAUAACAACAACAACAACAACAACAACAACAACAACAACAACAACAAUACUCAGAAUAACAACAUCUUAUCCAUCACUGAAAACUCCCAGAAUAACUCCUUCAACACAAACUUAUCAACUCCAAUCAAAAUGUUCAAAGCAAAGAAAAAAAGAAUUCGUAAAAAUCGUAAAUCUUCAAACGAUAAAUCGUCCUCAAAAUCAAAUGAAGACCUCAUUUACUCAAACAACAACAGCACUAACAGCAUAACUUACCUACACGACUCAACUGAUCUCAACCUUCAAAUCAACCUAAACAUAUCAAACAACUCAAACAUCUCAAACAACUCAAACAUAUCCAACAUCUCAAACACCUCAAUCUCACAUCUCACUCAACAAAUCCCGGCAUCAAAUAUAUACAACCACAAAAACACUUCAAUCAAUGACAACGACCCAUUGGGUGUGGUCAACAACACAGCUACAUCCAAUUCAUCCUCCACCACAAAAUCCUCUCUCAUCCUCCCCAACCACUCUGCCUCAACCUCAAUCUUCAACUUCAGUGACAAUCCCCAUACACAAUCCGAUAACAACGACCUGCAAUACCACUCAGAUAUAGACUCCCACAUCAACGACACCUACAACAACCCUUCUCUCCAACACUUCCAAAUCUCUGUAUACGACCCCAUCAAAAUCAACGAACUAACCUCCUCCCACAUCCUAUACUCCGUCAAAACCAAAUCUAAAAGCGAAAAAUUUCUACAAAACUCAAACCUAGACACCAUCGUAGUAUCAAGAAGAUACAAAGACUUCAGAUGGCUAUACAACAACCUACAAAUCUCAUACCCCGGUAUAAUCAUCCCACCUCCCCCUUUAAAACAAGCAAUGGGCAGAUUCGAUGAAAAUUUCAUAGAACAUAGAAGACUCUCCCUAGAAAAAAUGCUUCUCAAAAUAUCCUCCCACCCAAUCCUACAAAAUGACGACGACUUUCUCAUGUUCCUAAAAACUGAAAAAUUCAACCAAGAUUCAAAAGAAAGAGAACGCGAAAAAAAAUUAUCAAUCGCAAGUUCAAUCAUCAUCAACACAAACUCAAACUCAAGUUUUUCAAUCAUAAACUCAACCUCAAAAAUUAUCGACAACGACGACUUUUUCAAAAAUUUUAAAUCUUACUUGGAAAAAUUAGACACUUCGCUAAGAACUUUCUAUAAAAAUCUCGAAAAUGUCAUCCAACAAAGAAAAGAACUAUCUCUAAUUAUUCAGGAAAUUAGCCUCAUCCUAUCAACCUUCUCAGACGCACAGCUACUAAAUCACGACACCUCAAUUCUAUUAGUCGAAUUCUCCGAUAUCCACUACAGAAUCCAAGAAUUAAAUGAAAGAAACUCUAUCCAAGACAUGUUGACCCUAGGUAUAGUCCUUGAAGAAUACAUCAGAAUCAUAUCCUCAAUCAAAAUCACUUUCCAACAAAGAAACAAACUACUAAUCAACCUAAAUUCUAUCGAAAAUGACUACAACAAAAAAUUUAAUAACCUCAACACCCUCAACAAAUACUACAAAAAUCAAAUCGAUAAAAUCAAUUCCUUAAAAUUAGAAAUUGACGAAAUCGAAAAAAGAAAAAAAUUGGUCAAGAAAGAAUUCAUCUAUAUCUCAAAACUAAUUAAAAGAGAAAUGAAAAAAUUUGAACAAGAAAAAAUUGACGACUUUAAAAAUUCCGUUGAAACUUAUUUGGAAAGUUUGAUCGAAAGCCAAAAAGAAUGUAUCGAGGUUCUAGAAACAUUUUAUCAAAGAGAAAAUCUAGGCUCUUUUACCUAACUGGGAAAAACAAAAAAAAAACA